UGCGAGGGCGCGACUCAACUGCUCUGCUGUAUCGGAUCCUAAAGCUACCUGUUGUGAUAUCGGAUUUAAUUUGCAAUUUUCUCUGACACUAUAUAUCAGAGGAAUUUCUCACUCAUACGCUGAUAAGAUGACGGAUGGGUGCUGAGUUUGAGCGAACACUAGAGUACUUAUUUUCGACCUAUAUGAAAAUACACAAUUGCUUUACAGUCGGGCGAUGCUGAAUCUCUCUCCGAUGAUAGAGGUAUCAGUACCUUCUAUAGAGAGGGAAGUGGAUGAAUCGGGGAAGUUACGCAAAGAUGGAGAUAUUGUUCAAUGGAAGGAAACAUUUUGUUCUACGGAAGCAGACUGAAUUCCAGAUGCUGCACCGCAAGCUAAAGAAGAUGCUGCAGCCACCUGAUUUCCCCAGCAAGAGGAAUCAGCAUUUGCGCACUAAACCCCUGGAGCAGAGGAGGCAGGAGCUGGAGGACUAUAUCCAGGUGAUUCUGUACCAGAACGAAGUGGUUCCUCAAGAGUUGCUGGAUUUCCUGCAGGUGAAACACUUCCAUUCGGCGAACAAGAUCUGCAGUUUUCAUGAAGAAAAAUUGACUGAUGGCCAAGCGCAGGGGUACAGCUGUCAGCUCCUGCAUCAGAAAGUUGUGGGAUUCUCAUGUGACCCCUAUCUCCUCGCAUCAGAUUCAGACCUCCCAGAUAUGGUUGUGGCCGGUGUUCUGCAGGGCAUCUACCCCAGAGACACCAAAGUGAGAUUUAUGCCCUGUUCCAAACCAUACCCUGCUCCCCUGGAGCCAGAGCAUCAGGUUGUGCCUGCCAUCAUCAUAGACCGUGGCAGCCCCAUCUUACCAGCGGACAUGCAGAGAACCUGAGUCAACUCCACACCCGUUAGCCAUCCUGCUGCCAUACACUCGUGAGGAAGCAGAGUCUGUCUGAUUUCAGACCAGAUGGAGACGGUGCCCUCAGCAUUGAUGUGGCUACUGUAACAGCUUAACUAGAAUCAAGAUCAUGGUGCUUUCUAGUUUUGUUUGCAUUUGUCAUAAAUGGCUGCAGGGAAAGGUUUGUACCAUCACAUGUUUUACUGAGACUUUUACUAGAUUAGAACAGUUGUGUGCUUAACUUUUAGAACAAACCCCCAGAUGUAACUUAGUAAUUGCAGCACAGAUGAGGACCAAUUAUGACUGUCACAGUAACGUCUGACUCAAUUGAUAUUGGGUACGUGAUGCACUUUCACAAUCAACUACAUGCAUUGGGUACCUUAGAAUGUAUACCUGUUGACAGCUUGAUCAUUUCACACAAGGAUCAUGUGCAAUUUUGAUGCAAAGCAAAUGUUAAUUCAACAGAUUUUUCACCCAAAGUAGCAACUGUGCAUGCAGAAUUCUGCAACUAUUUUCAGACUAAUCAGUAUUUAAGCAUAUGUGGAUCAUUUUGUUUGCAUUUUUCUUAAAAUAAAAAACAAAACAAAAAAACCCAA